AUGCCGUUGCAUUUUGUCGUUCAUGCUGGCAACUGCCCACACUCAAGUCAACUAAGCAUGGUCAAGUUUCUCUUGGCCAAUGGAGCGCAGGUCAAUGCCACGGAUCCUGAUGGCGACACGCCAUUGCAUGUUGCUGUUAGCCGAUACGACCCAAGCAUAAGCAUGGUCAAGUUCCUCUUGGCCAAUGGAGCGCGGGUCAAUGCCAUGGAUCAUCAUGGCAGAACGCCAUUGCAUGAGGCUGCCAGCGACGGUUCAAGCGUGCCUAUUGCAGAGCUUCUCCUGGCAAAAGGGGCGAAGGUAGACGCCGAAGAUAAGGCCGGCUUCACCCCAUUGCACGAAGCGGCCCGCAACCUUUGCACGAAGAUGGUGAAGUUCCUCUUGAAAGUGGGAGCACCGGUCGACGCCAGAAGCAAGCACGGCUGGACGCCCUUGCACGAACUAGGUCGCUGCUAUCGCAACUGGUGUGGUUUGUCGAGCCAGCAGGACGAUGCUGUGGAGAUCGCAAAGCUGCUGCUGGCAAGUGGUGCCGAUAUCAGUGCCAAGACAGGCUCCGGCUCCACGCUCUUGAGCAUGGCCCAAAGGAUUGCUGAGAAAGAACCCUACGAGACUUUUGCCAAGUUCGUGAGCGCACAGGCAAAGUAG